AUGCAGUUGGUGCCAACAGACGAUCCCGACGAAAAGAUCCGUCGGCCGUCGAAUGGCAUCCAAAACGCCACACUGCCAACGGGUGGACCUGUCAUCGAAGAGCAAAAAGAUCCAGCUAGAGAACAGUGGUCUGGAAAGCUAGAUUUCCUGCUCUCCGUUGUUGGGUUUGCAGUAGAUCUGGGUAAUAUCUGGCGAUUCCCAUAUCUCUGUUUCAAGAAUGGUGGAGGUGUCUUUCUGAUUCCUUACUCCAUUAUGGUCCUGCUCACUGGAGUUCCCUUGUUUUAUAUGGAGUUGUGUCUUGGUCAGUAUUAUAGAAAAGGAGCGAUUACAACUUGGGGAAGGAUCUGUCCACUUUUCAAAGGAAUCGGAUACUGUGUUAUCCUUACUGCAUUCUAUGUUGACUUCUUCUACAAUGUUAUUCUUGCAUGGGGACUUCAUUAUCUUUACACUUCGUUUAGUUUCAACCUUCCAUGGGCUUCCUGUAAUAACACUUACAAUUCGGCCGCUUGUUAUGAACCACACUGGUCUGAAGAUGGUACCACAAUGUGUCGGAGUGCCAACGAAUCUGUCUCUGCUGAAAAGAUAUCUGCUGCUGAAGAAUACUUCUACAAGGGAUUCUUGGGUCUCCACGAAGCCAAUGCUCCAAACUCCCACGUCAUCAGAAGUAUGACAGAUCUUGGAGGUGUCCGUUGGGAUAUCGCUCUCUCCCUGUUCGUUGUCUACCUAAUCUGUUACUUCUCAAUGUGGAAAGGAAUUCAUACUUCUGGAAAGGUUGUCUGGUUUACUGCUCUGUUUCCAUAUGUGGUCUUGGGAAUUUUGUUUAUUCGCGGAGUGACUCUUCCAGGAUGGCAAAAAGGAAUUGAGUACUAUUUAAGACCUAAUUUCGAAAUGUUGAGAAGAAUAUGUUAUAUUUUUCAGAAGCCAAGUGUCUGGCAAGAUGCUGCUACUCAAGUGUUCUUCUCAUUGGGUCCUGGAUUUGGAGUUUUGAUGGCAUACUCAUCGUAUAAUGAUUUCCAUAAUAAUGUUUAUGUCGAUGCCCUAUUCACUUCCUUCAUCAACUGUGCCACCUCAUUCCUCUCUGGAUUUGUGAUCUUCUCUGUUCUGGGCUACAUGUCCUGCAAAUCCGGAAAACCAAUCGAAGCAGUGGCUCAAGAGGGUCCUGGUCUCGUUUUCGUUGUCUACCCGGAAGCUCUAUCUACAAUGCCUUAUGCUCCGUUUUGGUCGGUUCUCUUUUUCCUGAUGCUUAUGACUCUUGGUUUGGAUUCUUCAUUUGGAGGAUCUGAAGCAAUCAUCACUGGUUUGUCAGACGAGUUUCCAAUACUGAAGAAGAACCGUGAAAUUUUUGUGGGAUGUUUGUUCUCGUUCUAUAUGAUCAUCGGAACCGCAAUGUGUACAGAUGGAGGAAUUUUGAUUAUGGAAUGGCUAAUCAUCUAUGGUACCACUUGGGGUCUUCUGAUUGCAGUCUUCUGUGAAGCGAUGGUUAUUGCCUAUAUUUAUGGACUCCGCCAAUUCGUUCGUGAUGUCAAGGAAAUGAUGGGAUUCCGUCCAGGAAAUUACUGGAAGUUCUGUUGGAGUUGUGCAGCUCCUGCUAUUCUUCUGUCCAUGAUCACUUCGAAUUUCAUCAACUACCAAGCGUUGACCUACCAAGACUACACUUAUCCAACUGCUGCUAACGUGAUAGGAAUCAUUUUUGCGCUUUCCGGCGCCUCGUUUAUUCCGUUUGUAGGCAUCUACAAAUUUAUUAAUGCAAGGGGAAAUACAAUGGCUGAGAAAUGGGAACGAGUGACAAUGCCCUAUCGAAAGAGGCCAAACCAAACCGAGUACAUUCCGAUUCCAACUACCCAACCGCACUGUGACAUUAUGCUUUAA